CCGUCGCCAUUAUCACGCAGUCAAGGGCGGUUUCCAGGUUGAGAGUUUCAAAUUACAACCGUUAGAUUGAUCCAACGGCUAAGAUUUGGGAGAGGAGAGAGAAGGAAACAAGGGGUGAAGUAGCACAAUUCAGGCAUAUGAAUGCUAAUUACUACAACUUUUUUCUCAAAUCUCACCGACGACCACCACCACCGUUGACGGUUCUCAUUCUUCCUCCACCACCGACGACCUCAGAUUUAGCUUUCUCAAAGAAGGAGAAAACCAAGCAGGCUAUGUCUCAAAUUUCAAGUAUUACGGAAAAUAACACUCAAACUCAUGUUUAUUCAAAUCGAGAAAGAAAGCUUUCCUCAUCUGUAAUGGGUCUAGAUUGUGAUAAGUGCUAUCAAGAAGGUGAAGGUGGAAAUAGUAUCGUCUGUAACAGAAGCGGGACAAAGAGUUUAGGCAAGUUCAAGAGAACGAGAUCAUCAGAUCCUGUGAGAGAUUUAACUGCGGCACUCAAAUAUCUUGUCGAAAACCGCAGUUUGUCUUCUGAGGAAGCGCAGUUUGCUUGCCAACAUUUUAAUUUUGAAGCAGGCAAGACCGAAGUUGAAAUGUGGUUAACUUUUAACGAGGUUACCAAAGUGCGUUAUGUUAAAGACUUCUUCUCCGUGAGGGACAAGGUCAAGAAAUGUGACCACCACUGGAUGCCCCCCAGAGGGUGUCAAGGGCGUCAACAGCGUUCAUCAAGAACAAUUUAACCUAUUUUGUUGGUGUUCAAUUUUGAUGCAUGAACUUAGAACUUUGACAUCAAAUUGAUCAUUUUUUUUGUAUGUUAUGUUUAAUUUUGGAUGGUGGUGCUUGAUGUUGAAUAGUAACCUCUGUAAUACCCACAACAAACAGAAAUAUUAGUAUGAAUUUUAAGUUAAAUUGGAUUA